AUGCGUUAUGUAAUGCCAAUUAUCAAACAUCCUUUGACGGUGACUACGGAAGAGCUAACAAAGAUCAUUAAUGUAUGCUGGUUUUGCUUUCUUUUCACUUACCUACAUAGCGAUGAGAAUCGGGCAUAUAAAAACGUUUCUAGGGAAUUUGGCGAAAUUCCAUUUUAUACGAUGAAACAUGUCCAGACAAGUUUCAUCGUAUAGAAUGUCACACUGAACGAAUAUCCCGUAAAAAUUGUCACUGCGUGACGUGUCAUGCUUAUAAAAACGUUUCUAGGGAAUUUGGCAAAAAUCCAUUUUAUACGAUGAAACAUGUCCAGACAAGUUUCAUCGUAUAAAAUGUCACACUGACCGAAUAUCCCGUAAAAAUUGUCACUGCGUGACGUGUCACGCUCAUUAAAACGUCUAUAGGGAAUUUGGCGAAAUUCCCUUUUAUACGAUGAAACAUAUCCAGACAAGUUUCAUCGUAUUAUAAAAUGUCACACAGAACGAAUUCAAUCCCAAUGCAGCCCUUCUUCGAUAAAAUCAUGAUUUUUUUAGGACGCAUGUUCUUCUGCGCCGUUCCGCAGGUACCUUUGUCGAUGCCUUGUUCAGCGAGUCGAUGAGUUUCGCAAAUUGUUAAAUCAAAAAAAAUAUAUUUUUGGCGCUUACAUCUUGUGCCGGGAUAUUCACAUGUGUGGAUACUAG